UUAUUUGAUUCGUCAUUGUUCAAUGCUUGAUUAGAUGUUGGAUUGUUUAAUUAAGGAGGAAAUUAUCUUGAUGUAAUGUAAAAGAAUUGUACUUCAUGAGAAUUUAAGCCAGUCUAACCUUUCUGGAGUCAUCAGCCAUACUUUUUUAAAUGAGGUUUUCUCUAAACCAAGAUGAGUUCUGCAAACAUAUUGUUGGGCUAAAACGGUCCAAAGAUGCUCUUAACAUGGUGUGAUAUUAUCCGCUUUGGGCCAAGCCCGCACGGUUUUCCCCAAAAAAACCUCACACCAUUAAAGUUUCAGGAAUUCAUGGAUAUUUGUGCACGCAAGAUAGUGAUAUUCCGGCCUCUGAUUUGUUGAGGACAACUAAUAAUGAUGCCUCUCCAAUCAUCUCUCCUGGCAUUGCUCCAGAAUCUAUGUUUCCUUUGCAAGCACCUUCACCAUUGAUGCCAUUUACAUAUACUGGUGUGCCAAAGUUAUCAGGACAUUGUGCAUUCAAUUUUUCAGCUGCAGACACUAUUUUGAGAACAACAGCAACUGAUUGCUGGACUUCACUUGCUCCAUAUCUUGCUAAUGUGAUAUGUUGUCCUCAAUUUGGUGCCAGCCUAGUGGUUCUUGUAGGGCAGGCUAGUAUUCAAUCACAAAGCCUCGCGCUGAACGCGACUCAUGCUAGGCACUGCCUUUCGGAUGUUGAACAGAUUCUUGAAAGUCAAGGUGCUAGUGAGAAGCUUCUUGAGAUUUGUUCAGUCGAUCCCUCCAACCUUACAGAAUCCUCUUGUCCUGUUAUAGAUGUUAACGAAGUGGAAAACAGUUUAAAUACAUCAGGUUUGGUGGCUGCUUGUGAAAAAAUAGAUCCAACUAUUGAGUGCUGCAACCAAGUUUGCCAAAAUGCUAUAUCUGCUGCAGCUGAAACUUUAGCUAUCAGGCAUAAAAAUGUGACAAGCUUCAGUGGCUCCCCUAUCUUGCCUGAGAAAUCAACUCUUAUAAGUGACUGUAAGAGCAUUGUAUUGCGAUGGCUGGCCAGCAAAUUUGAUCCUUCUUCAGCUAAUAGAAUUAUCAGAGCGCUUUCAAGCUGUGACAUAAACAAAUCCUGUCCCUUGGUGUUUCCUGAAAUAAAGGACAUUACUAAAGAAUGUGGAGAGGUAACGAGUAAUCAGACAUCCUGCUGCAAUGCAAUGGAUAGUUACUUGUCGCACAUGCAACAGCAGAGCUUCAUUACAAAUCUCCAAGCUUUAAAUUGUGCUACAUUGCUUGGCAAGAAGUUGCAAGAAGCUAAUAUUACUAGCAAUGUUUUUGACCUUUGCCAUGUAAACCUCAAGGAUUUUUCUAUUCAAGUGGAUGAAAAAGAAUCGGGAUGCCUGUUGCCCAGCUUGCCUACAGAUUUAAGAUAUGACCAGAGUUCAGGAAUUGGCUUCAUUUGUGAUCUUAAUGACAAUGUGGCAGCUCCUUGGUCCUCAGCAUAUUCUGUUGCUGAUUCUACCUGCAACAAGACUGUUUCACUUCCAGAACUUCCCAAGGCAACAUCCUCUCAGCUCAGUAAAGGAAUCAGCAUCAAAGAUAUGGUGUAUACCCUGAUUUUUGUUUCAUCAAUGGUCAUCCAGUUGCUCGUCUAAAUAUUCUGGAUUAUUUGAAUAUUCAUCCAAGAACGAUACUAUACAGCAUACAUGUAUACGACGCCGUUUGUAUGUUCCGAAAGAGAUCUUAGCACAAGGAGCUCAAAUUUGCAGCUCUUACGGGCAUUAUUUAUCUAUAAUUCAUCAUUCUCUUUUUUCGUAUAUUGUUUGUCGCAAUAAAAAUAUUGUACAGAGAAACCUUGGGUUGGCGAUGAUUGUAUAUACGUGGUGUAUUCACAGUUCAAAUCUGUUACUUUUCUUGAUCAGUAAACUGAACCUUUUUUUGUU